AUGGCACUCGCACCUACUCGAAUUAGGUUGUAUGACUUCCUUCGUCAAACGUCGUCCUCCAACCUUCCCGUCGUCCUCAAAACACUUCUUAUUCCCGCUUCUUCUUAUUCAAUAUUAACAAGUCAUCCUUCACAUUGCGUCGGAGUGUUAUUCUUAUCAGGGCUUAUAGACGUCGCUUUCCCACUUCCCAAAGAACCGUCACUCCUUCCACUUCUUUCUCCAUUUCUUGACAAAAUGCUUCUGACUACUACAGUCGUAUCUUUAUCUUACAUGAAGAGGUUGCCACCACGUCUAGUCACCAACUUAAUCACACGCGAUACCCUUCUUUCAGUCGGUUCUUUAGCUCAUCGAUACUUUGCUUUCCCAAAACCUAUUCAUUGGGACAACUUCUUCAACACGGCUACUUACGAAACUUUUUCCAUCGAACCCUCUCCGUUCGCAAGAGUUAAUACAUCACUGACUUCGAUUCUUUCCCUCUCCGUGUUACUCAAUUGGGCUUGUCAUCCCCCUUGUCUCAGAGCUUCCGUCUUCGCUCUUCCAAAAGUGAUCGACUACCUCUCGAUAUUCUCUCUCUUCGAUUACUUCCUCCCGCCUUCAGUCAAGAAGCAACAUUCCGCUGGAGUCUUCUCCUCUUUUUUCGUCUGA